CCGAUAUCAUGGGUUUCUGGAUCCUAGUUAACGUCAAAAGUGGUCGAGUGCAACUUUUCAUCCCAUUCGCUCGUCCUGUCAAGCAACGAUAGGGCUUACAUGUCCCCCGCCCCCCUCCAAGGAAAAAAACAACCGAUGCCAGUACAUCUUCCCUCGCUAACCACUGAGCCGAUAUUAGGGUCAAAGCCUUGAGCACACUUACAGAAUAACGGUGGUUUGAAUACGGUUAAAGAAAACUGUCGCCGCGAUGUACGCUGAAUGACUGAAUUCAAUGGCACAAACACCCGGAUACAAUUGUAGAUAUAUAAUUAUGGACUGAAAUGCAAGGUUUUCCUGGCAAUAGACGAGAUGAUAUCUGCUGGACCUGAGGUACGGACGUCUGGAGCCCGAGAAGGAGAAGUCGGAUCUCAGUAAUGUUUGACCUUUGCCCUGUUUUCAGUUCAACCAGAGUCGUGUUCCCGCAUAUUCUAAGAAAAACAGCGCUGUUCAAAGAUGCUCGCGUAGAAUCGUAUUCCCCUACGCGUGUGUCUCGUACGUUGCGGCCCCAUGAUGCGAGGCUAGCUGAUAUAGGUUAUAUCGUGCCCAUAUAG